UGGAAAUAUUGUAAUCGAUAUUUGCUUUCCAAUCCAAAACCAUCUGUUAUUGAACUUAACCUUCAAACCUAGUGAUCAGUCAAUUGCUAUCAUCUCUCUCUUUCCCAAAAUCCAUUGUUUUGUCGGUUUGUUUUGCGAAAACAUAUCAUAUAUUCUGCUCCCAAAUGCUGUUCACAGACAGGAGUUCCGCUUCUAAUAACUUAAGUCUUAUGACUGUCUUCUCUCGCCCUCCAAAACCGCAAUUAACGGAAUGCGGCUGUCGUUGCGAGAGUUGCGUUAACAAUAAUAGCAUUCAUUUGCACCGAGAGAUCGAACAUCUGAAGCGUCAAUUGGCUGAACGCGAGUACCAUAUCAUGUCAAUGGAGAGUCAGAUUAUGCUUCACGCGAGAAGAUUCCCGAACGGAGAGAUGAAUGCAAUGCAAGACAGUCUCCACUUCUGGCAGGAAAAGUACGAAAGAUUACUCGAAGGCCACAGAAAACUACAGAAAGUGAAUCAAGGAUUAGAAGACAAACUGUUGAGAAUUGCGGACAAAUACCAAAACGAGAAGUCGGCGCUCACUCAGGAUGUCUCAGAACUGACCAAUAGGUUAGUGGACGCGAGGGUAUCGAUGGCUGAGUUGGAGGAAGAGAGCGAUCAAUACAAGAAUGACUGUAAUAUUGCCGUUCAGUUAUUGCAAUGCAAACCAUCCAACUUUGUUGCCCAUAAGUUUAAUACACUUCCAAUAGACCUUCAGGAGAGGGUUAAGCUUCAGAUGAACCACAGGAGAACCCGAAGCAGUCCAUGCAAUACCUCACUCGAUAUGCCAAACAACACGAAUCCGAGUAACGGCGCCCGUGUUAUACGAGUGCCAAUACCCACAUUCCCGCCGACAGCUAUGGUCUACUCAAUCAAUAAAAUAAAUGAAGAGACGCUUCCAGUGAACAACGGUUCCAACGCUCAAUCAAACGAAUCAAUCGAUUACGUGUCCGCAGCCAUUAUGGCCAAAGUGUUUGAGGAGAGGGAUAAAGAGAGGAGAUAUCGAAAGUACCAGAAGUGCCAUCAGUGCCGCAACAGAAGGGCAUACGUUCAGUACAUCGACGACGAGACGCAGACCAAUAAUGGAGUUCUCAAUAAUGAAGACUAUCACUACUCGAAUCCCAUAUUCAAUAGGCAAAGAUCCGAGUCUUCCUCGAGUAUGGAAUCUAUAAAUAACGGCAACGGAUCUAAUCGUCUUGGUUGGUCCCGCGCCUAA